AUGGCUGCGGCCCGCUCCCACGUCCCGUGUGUAUCUUCCCCUCUCAAUCCCUACAGACAGAAGCGAGCCUGCAAUGUCGCCCGCGGCGCCAGCAGCAGAACCUGCCACAGAAACGUGAGCAUCAGCCCGUCAGAAGCGCUUUCCAGGCACAAGGCAUCCGAGGCGUGGAGGAGAUGCACGCUUUCCGAGGUGCGGGAGUAUGAGGGGGUUCUCGACAAGGCCCUGAUGGCGAGAGAGGGCGACAAAGCUGGGCUAAAACGAUCGAGCUCGCAUCGAAACCUGUCCGACGUGGCAGGGCUGGCAGGCACGCUUGGAGAAGUGACGUUGGGUUCGGACGAGAAACAGCACGGCCUGCAGGGGCGGUAUCGGGAUUCUAUGCCGGGCCUGGGGUUUCUGUCGCCACGGCGAGUGGCGCUUGCUGUUGGGCUGAGGAGAAGAUUGCCGAGUCUGGGCUUGGUUGAGUGGUUGAGAUGCGAGCCGCCGUCGCUGCCGCAGCAGUAG